ACAAUAAAGAUGAUGACAUUUUACAGCUGUGCAUAAUAUGAAGAUGAAAAAGAAAAUUUCCUGUACAUAUUCUAAAAUGUGAAGUAACGUGAUAAAAGACUCAAACUAUGUACUGCCUCCAGUGGCUUAUUCCAGUUUUGUUAAUGCCAAAGCCUUCAAACCCCGCCCUGGUGCAAACUCAUGUUAUGUUUAUGGUUCUCUAUUUAAUUGGAUUCUUUCUGGAAAGGAAACCCUGCACAAUAUGUAGUUUAGUGUUUUUAUCGGCAGUAUUUCUAAUUUGCUACAGUGGCGUCGGAAAUUGUUUGUUUUGGGCCAGCUUUUGUGAGAAGGAGAAUGGUUAAGACGUGGACACAGUCUUUAGUUUAUUCAAAUUGAAAAAGGCCGUUUGUCAAUGCAAUUAUCUGGACUUCGUACCAUUGAAAAUUGAUCUUAGCCAGUUGUUAAAUAUUUGUUAACAAUGUUUAUUUUGAUAUGUAUAUAAUUCAGUUAGGAAAUGCUUUUUUUGUAUGCCAAAGACAUGUUACUUUGUAACUUAAGUAACUUUUUAUUAUGUUAAAAAUGUUAAGUAUAUGUUUGAGGCUCUCAAUAAAAAACUGUAA